UUAUGCUUCCUUUACUAUCGAGUAUGAUGAAUCAUCUUAAAUUUUACUGUUUAGUAAGUUAUACACGUGUACAGAUAUCUACAACUUGUUUCGAUUUCAAUAUUGAUAACAUUGUUACCUUAAAAACAUAGAGGUUAUAUAAAGAAAUUAAAAGACCACCUUGAAACUUCAUCAACAAUAAAAGGAAUGAUCAAGUGAAAAAGAAGUUUGUUCGAAUGUUUUUUACGAAGCUAAAAGCUUUUCAGUGGUAUGGAUACUAAUUACAGAGUAAAUAUUGGCAAGUGGCUGCCAUUUCCUGGCAUCAUUCUCGAGAAAUGGUUCGCUGAAUCAUUGGCGCUCACCGUGAGAAUGGGCAAGCUUGUGGAAUGCAUAGCCUUAAUCAUCCAGGACAUUACAGACGCGCAGGCUUGUGAUCUAGAGGUGUACAAGGGUGUCGCGAACGAUCUGGAGGAUGUGAUGAAGGAAUACAAAUCAAUUUGUAACGUGACUCUGAGCACACAUCCGAUAUACAAGUUUAAAAUGCGUCAUUUUUUGAUACAACUGAAGCGUAAGAUGAAUACGCUCGCGAGAUUUGUUAAAAAUUUGAUCAACGAAAUCGUUGACUGUAACAGCGACGAACUACUCACAGUGAUUUUCAGAUUAGUGAACAUUUAUAACGAUAUCUUGGACAUGGAUAUCGAUGUUUCCGAUUCAUCGACUAAUGUAUUUUACAACGAUUGUCCAUACAUGUUGGAACCAUUGAAGAAAAUGUCUGUCACACGAAUAUUACAGAUGUUAGCGAAAAAUCGAGCAGAGGAAUUCUGCCACGAGCUUAUCGAUUGUUUGCUAGCAAACUACGAACCUCGUGAGAAAACCGAUCCUCCAUCAGCAAUGUCCGCGGACGUGGAUGUUUCAGAGAACUCGAGCAUCGAGAUUUAUCGGUUACUUAUUCGGAAGAAUUUACCUUUUAGCGAUGCUAUUUUCCCAUUUCACGUUCACAAGGAAUUCAUUUUCAGAGCCCUCACGAGACACUUAACUCCGCCGACAGAAAUCUCCUCGUCGAGAGCCGACAUAGAGGUGUCGAACAUCGAGAACAUUCAGACCCUGGUUAAUACUCAGAACGAGCAAGUAUUUCGACUAUUGAAAAUCGUGCAAGAAGUUUCACCUCGAUUAUUGGGCGCCGAUGCGUUGAAGACUGUCAAAGGUGAAACAAGACUUAGGGGUAGCGCGAUGAAGAAAGUGAAGAAUUAUUACCAGGAAGUUGCAUGGGGUGCUUUAUCAGGAAUUCUGGAUCACGUUGUUCUCUGGUGGUCCCGGGAAGCACUUGCUACUCGUCAUAGUCACGGAGCACAGCAGCUGAAGGAUUGGCUCAGUCAUUUUGUCCAAAGGAACCACGUACCAGAGACGGUGAGACCAGCUUUGCAAAAUCUCUGCGACGCCCUUGGCUACCAUGCGACCAUCACCGAAUGGGACCAUCUCUUCAGGCUGGCUUACACGUCGGCUUUUCAGUAUCAAUCGAAAGCCUCGUCUACCGAGGGUACCAACACGGGACAGAUGUUCGUUGAGUUGUUCCAGUUGCUCGUUCGACUCAGCAACGAAUGUGAGGCAGGCGGUGAAUGGGUAAUCGGAGCACCGUUGAUGGAAUUGCCACUUUCGGAACAGAUUGUCGUUCUUCAUCGAUUGGAUCAUUCGGUUCACACUGCUAGACUAUGGAUCGUUCAGGAAUCGAAAAUCAUAGCCCAUACCUGGGAACUGGAUGUGUUCUUCCUGUUGGUCAAAGGUGACAUAGAGAAUUGCCUUGAAGAGCUUUCUUAUUUGAAGCUAGCUGAUCAUGCCAGCACGCUCUCAAUUGACUCUGUUAGCGUUCAGGUAUAUGUCUGCGCAAAAAUGAGAGCAAAAAUCGUGUCAGAAGUGAACGUUAAUAUAGAGUUACUUCAGAAGUGUUCUAUACAGUGCAUAGAUAUUCUAGCGAAAAUCUGUCGGGUGACCAGUCUGGCGAAUUUGCAUAUGUGUUUUCCACCAUCAAAUUACUGGAGAAAAGGCAGCGACGAAGCUCCAGCGGCUGCUAGUCCCUAUGUGGAACCUUAUUUUGAAAAGGUGUUACUUCCGGUGUUGGAAGUUAUCGAAGACUCCGAUACGUCCAAUAUGAUUCUUAGAAUUAUGUGCGAAGCGUGGCUCGAUUAUAUCUAUCUGCAUCGAAUUAAAUUUAGCGAAUACGGGGCGCUGCAAUUACUCACGGACUUUGCAUACGUGUCGAAGUGGGUCUCGAAUUGCUCGAUCAUUUCUCAAAACGUACGGAAUCAUUUGUUGAAGAACGAGGUACUUCGACGUUGCGAGGGAGUGGGUCGACUCCUUCUGCGACAUCCUGGCGAGGCGAUUUCGAUGCGCAAACGAUUGAGUACGAAACGAAAUAGUAAAAUGAGGAAGCGGCGAAUUUCUCUCUGUCUAAUUUUUCAGCGAGAACGAACGAACGAGGAUCGCCGGAAUCGCCAGGAUUGGAACGUAUGCCAGCGGAAAUGUACGUUCCGAAUCAGAAACAGUGGCUGGAACUUCGGGCCUCGAAAAUGUACAAUUUUUGUUGCACCAAAUGAUCAAUUGAAGAUAUACGAUAUUCUUAACAAACGUAAUGUUCAAAAUUAUCCAGACCUUAUAGUAAUUAUAUUAUCCAAUAAAAACGUUACAAACGAAGAAUCUAAACUGAUUUGUUAACCAAUCGCAACUAUGAUACUUGUCAUCAAAUUCACGGAUGCAUCGCUAAUGUUUUAAUUACAAUUCCUUAUUAAAUACCCACGUUUAGCCGUAAUUGUCACAACGACGAACCGUGUUUAAUUACAGCAGUGUAUACAGGCCAAUU